AUGGCUCCACCGUCACAGUCACAGUCCAAUGACAACAGACCACUGUACCAUAAAGACGAGAAGGCGCUCUGCUUUCAUGGUGAGAUGCUCUAUGAUGCCAAAAUCACAGAUGUAGAAAGAUCAGAUCCCGACGACGAGACAUCGCCGUUCCAUUACAAGGUCCACUACAAAGGCUGGAAGAAUACCUGGGACGACUGGGUUCCCCAGGAUCGCCUGAGGAAAAUCUCAGAGGAAAAUCGAGAACUGCAAGCGACACUCCGUCAUCAGGCCAUUCUCAAAGCGAAUCCCAAAAUGGCAGGCAAGAUCCGCAGAGGACAAGGCUCCGACAUUGGAUCUGGCAGGGGAUCAGAGGAGCGCACGUCUUCUGUCCCUGCUGCCGGUGGUAGGGGAUCCAAGCGCGCAAGAGACAAUGAUCUGGAAAAGGUUGGUGACGAUUCCCCGUCGCACAAACGCACCCGUGUGAAUCCCCAUGUGACCCGUGAUGAUGAUGAUGAUGAUGAUGAUUUUGAACCCCGUCUGGAUACGAUCCCCUGGACCCCUGGAUCACCCAAGAACAAGGAUGCCCGGAGAAACGUUGAGAAGGUAAAGGAGACACCCGAAGCUAGCACAAGCAUUGCCUCUCAACUUGGAGAUGUGGACGACAAUCUGGACCAACUAAACACUGAGGAAGACCAACCUGUAGCCAAACCUAGCCCUGGUAUUCAACAGCGACGUAACGAUGAUAUCGACUUGACGCAGUUUCUUUAUGUGCCGCGCAAAGCGGCUCUCAAAGCCACGACUGCUAUCGCACAGUCAAAUUCGAGAACUGUCCAACCUCCCAUAAAGAAUACCAGGACUGUCAGAGGGAAAGGAAAAACCAAGGUCGGAAAGACUAGUGCAACCAAAGGACCGAAGGCUCAGAAGGCUUUUGGCUCCAUUCGAAGUGCUGAAUUGCCCUCCAACACAGAGUCAAAAGCUGAAGGUGCAGAGACCAAAGAGGAUGCCAAUUCUGUCAAGAGGAGCGUUAGAGCCGCAGCCGCAGCCGCAGCCUCUCUCGCCAAGUCCAAAUCUAUGCUCACGUCAACAAUAACGACAACAUCCACGUCCAUUCAAACAGGCAGCGACGACGAAAGCAAUUCUUCAGAGUCCCCGCGGUCUUCAGCAACUCCAGAAGCAGUGCACAGCAAGAAACUCGGAAACAUCAACAGACAACUUCGCAGUUCGAAGGGUGGCAUGGCGUCCCAACCGCAGCUGCUAUUACGGCCUUGGAAAAUCAAAGACACCACGAACUACACAGCCAGCGAAGUUGAAGGAUUAAUUGCACUGUCUCCACCCGAAGAUGAGCCAGAGUUCCUGAGCCAGAGCUCUUUCCAGGUUUCCGUCAAACACAAAAAGAUGUACAACGCGCCACUGAUCGGCGGAACCACGUACCUUGAAAAGCACGCCAUCGACAACGAGCUGAGAGACGCGCGAAGAAAUGGCAAACAGUACAGCUUGGCAUCACGCCGUGGACAAACACAAGAAUUGCCUCCUCAUUUCGAAGAGCUGCCUUCCGACAUCGAUAGUGAUGGUGAUGGUGAAGAUCCUGGUGCCUUUGAGGUCGAUCCUCCUGGAUCAAACACGCCGCUCGAUGCUCUCAAGUACCCCAAUCGCCUCAUCGAGAAGAUCAACAGCGAUGGCGACAAAUUCCCUCUCGGCUGGAGCGAGGAACACCUCAAGUGUAUCCCCGACAGUGGUCUUGUCGGCAUCCGUGAAGAGCUCCUGGCCAAAUUGCCAUACAGCGUGCUUGAGAAUCGGCCCCACUGGGUUCUCAAGGAAGUUCCCAACAGCGCUCCUUUCUGGGACCGAUAUGAGCAAGAAAAUGAGGGUGAUAUCAUCAAAGGGUUCAUCGCUAAGGCCAAGAGAACGUCCACUGACGACCACCAUGCUCUCCACGUCCUCGCCAACGUGGCCACCGAGCAGGCCUUUGAAGCUGCGGCGCAAGCCAGUCGUUGCAUUGGCACGAUCACCGCCGAUGACAUUGCAGCUGCGGCGCAAGCCAGUCAGCCUGUUACGAUCACCUCCCAUGACCUUGACCUUGAAGGGCGCUCGUGCAAGAGAUGCAUCAGAUAUAAGGAAGACGCGUUCUACACCCGUCCAUCCGUACGCAUCAACGUCCCCGACCACUUGAAGAAUCUCCUUGUCGACGACUGGGAGAACGUCACGAAAUCCCUUCUUCUCGUCCCCUUGCCGAGCAAGGCUCCGGCGAACUACAUCAUAGACGAAUAUUUCAACUACGAGAAAAUGAAUCGCCGCUUGUGUUCGCCCGACGCGGACAUCCUCGAGGAAUUCUGUGCUGGGUUGAAGAUGUACUUCGAAAAAGCGGUUCGGAAACUCUGGGAGUCUGGUCGUCACAAGGAGUGGGAGGGUAAGGGUCCUGGCGAUUGCUACGGUGCCGAGCAUCUCACACGAAUGAUUGUCAACCUUCCGGAGAUGAUUGCACAAACGAAUAUGGACGCCGAUGCCGUCCUACGCUUGAAGACCGAACUCAGCAAAUUCGUCGUCUGGCUGUCGAGGAACAGUGAGAAAUAUUUCUGUGCAAAGUAUGAGAAACCAAGUGCGGAAUACCUCGAGAACACCCAGUAG